GUGUACUUCAUAUCCCGUCCAACAGGGGGCCGAUAAACGUCAACAUUUCCCAGUAACUAUUUGCUUGAGUUAUGCUGGUUAAAAACCCUGUUUGAGUACACUCAGUUAGCCAAAAUCUGCUUAAUUUAACAUUCACAUUAUGAACGGUGCUAUGCACGACUCUGGCGUGGUGGAUAUUCAGCUGAAAAGAGGACCAGCUGGACUAGGGUUCAACAUUGUAGGAGGUGUGGACCAGCAAUUUGUGUCAAAUGACUGUGGAAUCUACGUGGCCAAAAUUAAAGACAAUGGUGCAGCCGCACUGGACGGCAGAUUACAAGAAGGCGACAAAAUCUUGGCAAUUAAUGGACACAAAUUGGACAACCUAUUGCACAGUGCGGCUGUGGAGCUUUUCCGAUCAGCAGGGGAAAAUGUACAGCUACGUGUACAACAGAGGCAUACGAUGCCACUUGUGAACGGCCCUUCACGCCCCCGACCUGAUAACGACCCGUCUUACUUUGCUCUGAAAAUGCUCGGUAUAACUUUGGCAUCAGUUGUACUGCUCACGUUUGUCUGUAUACGCCUUCGACCGCAUAUGAAGAGGCAUUUUUAAAUCUCAGAAGUCAUUCACGAAGAGAGAGAAUCUUUUCCGGUGACAAAUUUCAUAUUCCCCCUGCUUUAUAGUGCUAUACUCCAUAGGUAGGACUCACUAGGUAGAACUGGUUAGUGUCCCAGGGACAUCAAUUGAAUACAAAAGGUUAAGAAAUAUUCAAUUUCAAUCUAGGCACCCCCCCCCCCCAUCAUUGACAUGCCAUUUUUCUUGUAUAAAGUCCAAGACCUGAGAAAGAGCCUUUUUCCUGUCAGUUAAGGUUAUUUUUGAAGGUACUGGACUGACAAAGAUCAUUUUGUUAGAAGCAGUAAUUCAGUAGGUUGUGAUCGGUAUACCACGUACGCCACAAACCUGCUACAUACUGUAAGCACACUAUUUCCCCCCUCCCCUCCCCCGUGUUUCACAUUAACCAAAAAGUUUUUGUUUCCAUUUUUGUCUGAAUAACCUUUCAAUGUUGUUGACGUGUUGGUCUAAUAAACAGUAUACUUUGUAAUUCAUUAUGGGAAAAAAUAACACUUGCCGAUGUUACCUGAUGAGUUGAGACAACUGCAGUGCAAAUGUAAUUUUAAAAUAGACCAAUUUCAUAUUGAGAUGAUUUGUUCAGAAUGUUUCAUUUUGAAUGGUACUUGUUGCCACCUCCUGAUUGAUUUUCGUGAUUAAGUGUAACAAUUCUAAAGUUUUGGUGUAUUUUGCAGGUUUCACAGUUUGUGUUGCAUUGUAAUAAUUAUAAAACGUCAUCCUAGACAUUAAUAUAAUUGAAUUGGCAUAAAGGUUUGAUUCACUUAAAUUAUGUAAUUUAAUGCUGUUGAUAACCUGUUUUGAAUUUGACUUAUGCUUGAUUCACUUUUGGAUUUAUUCAAAGGUGUUUUCACUUGCACUGAUGUCGUCUAAAUUCAGUCAAAUGGUAAUGCAGGAGAUCAGUGAAAUUGUAAUAUUGUAGAAAGGAAUUGUUUAAAUGUUCAUAAGUACUGAGCUGCGUUGUACUUUAAAUUUGGAGCUGAUCAUUGAACUUAUCAUUUUUAUAAUAUGCAAGGGUUGACAGUUACACUAGCUGAGUUUGCAGUAUAUUAAGUAAUCAGGUCUUAGUUAUGUAAGACCUUAUUACUUGAGUCUUGUAUGAAUGAAUUUACUCAUUUGUCACAGAUGAAAAUUCUGUGGUUGCUAUGAUUAUAAAGUGAUGUUUAUAAAGAAGUGAUGCCAAUUAAACUGAGUAGACAUUAAAGCAUUCUUGCACUGAAUAUAAUGAAAGUUGGUGAAUUUUGCCAUGGAAAAAUUACUAGUAAAUGAAAAUGCUCAUCCUUCAAAUUACUAGUAAACAUAAAUCCUCAUAGAUCAGAACUAGAAAUGGCAGUAAAUGAAACCGGAUUUGCAUUUAUUUUAUACCAUGUUAUAGAGCAGAUCUUUAAAAAUCUUUCCUGCACUCAUGUAACUUAUUCAUAAAUUAAAGUGCUGGUGUUGGAGGGAAAAAUGGAACGGUAUCUCCUAUCUUGAUAUUUUUUGGAAAUCUAUUGGACCUAUCAGCUAUAUAGAUCCAGUAAAUAAGACUGUCAUUUGUUUUAUAAAUGUGCUCUUUAAAGGUAAAAGAGCAGGGUUAGGAUAUUGUAUUCGUUGAAAGCUUGUAUAAUUUAAUAAAUCACUUUUUUUUUACAGCA